AUGAAAUUAGAAGAUUCUUCAGGCUUAACCUCAGGUGGGACAGGAGAUGGGACUGAGAAGUCAAGUACUAUCUCCUCCAGUUCCAUAGGUACGCUGAAGCAAUCAUCAUCAACAUCUAAUCGACCAAUUCGUCAAAGACCUUCACGAUCAAUUUCUGAUUUAUUUCAUAUAAUCUUUGGGAACUUCACUUAUGAUUUGGUGCUUUGGUUUUUCAGUUUUGUAAUUCAUACAUUUUUCAGAGAUAUUCAACCUCGUGGAACCUUUAAUAUUCCAAAUCAUGGUCCCAUAAUAUUCGUCAUUGCUCCUCAUCAUAAUCAAUUCAUUGAUCCCUUGAUUGUCAUGUCGAAAGUGAAGGAAUCAUGUGGAAGAAGAAUUGCCAAUUUAAUUGCCAAUCGUUCAUAUCAAAGAAUGUUUAUUGGAACAAGUGCAAAAUUAUGUGGGGCAAUCCCAGUUGAAAGAGCUCAAGAUCUUUUAAAAUUAGCUCAAGGGGAAAUUAAAGUUGAUCCUAAUGAUAAUACAAAAAUCAUUGGUGUAAAUACGAAAUUCACCAUAGAUUGUAUGGAGAGGGGAUUGAUUGGAUUACCUGAAUCAUUAGGUAAUGUAACAGUUAAAAGUAUUGAAGAUGAUACUCAUUUAACUUUAAAGAAACCAUUUGAAUCACCACGAUCAUCAAUUCAAAUUCGAAUCAAUACAAAAUUAGAAAAUGGAACCAAAUUCAAAGUUGCUCCUCAUAUUGAUAAUAGUAUUGUAUUUCGUCAUGUUUUUGAUCAUUUAAAUUCAGGAAAAGUUUUAGGUAUAUUUCCUGAAGGUGGAUCUCAUGAUCGUCCUGAUUUAUUACCUUUAAAACCAGGAGUGGCUAUCAUGGCGCUUGGAACCAUUGGGAAAGCAAUUCAAGAUGGUCAAUCCCAAGAUCAAAUUGAAGCUGUUAAUAUCAUUCCAGUAGGAUUAAAUUAUUUCCAUGCUCAUAAAUUUAGAUCAAGAGUGGUGGUUGAAUUUGGAAAACCGAUUAUAGUAGAUUAUCAAAUGGGACAAAAAUAUCUUGAUAAUUCAAAAUCCCAAGUUGAAAAAUUAUUAAAUUUAAUUACAUUGAAUUUAAAAGAAGUUACUGUCACCUGUAAUGAUUAUGAAACACUUAUGGUAUUACAAGCCACUCGAAGAUUAUAUACUUCAUCUCAUCGAGAUUCAAUCCCAUUACCUAUGGUGGUGGAUUUAAAUAGACGAUUAAUCAAAGGCUAUGAUCAAUUCAAAUCUGAUCCUGAUGUGAUUGAAUUAAAAGAACAAGUUUUGGCAUAUAAUAAUCAUUUAGUAAGUUUAGGAUUACAUGAUCAUCAAGUUUCAUCAUUAAUGAGGACCAAUAGAUUAAGGACAUUGAUUAUGUUUAUGGAACGAUUUUUUAAAUUUUGUUUAUAUAUGGGAUUAAGUUUACCAGGAGCAAUAUUAUUUAGUCCCGUAUUUAUAACUGCUAGUCGAAUUUCUCAUAAAAAGGCUAAGGAAGCAUUAGCGGGAUCUGUGGUUAAAAUUAAAGCUAAGGAUGUAUUGGGAACUUGGAAAAUCUUAGUAGCAUUGGUAUUAGCUCCAAUGUUGUAUAUAUUUUAUUCAAUCAUUGGUACCAUUCUUAUAUUAAAAUAUACUUCGAUACGACAAUUCAAUAUUCCAAUUUUAUUUAUAUUUUUAUUUUGUUAUGGAUGGGCGGUAUUAACUACUUACGCGUCAUUAAGAGUGGGUGAGAUUGGAGUGGAUUAUUAUAAAUCAUUAAUCCCAUUAUUCAUUUCGAUAAUAAGUUAUAAUAAUGAUCAAUUACAAAUCGAAGCCUUAAAGCAAACUCGAUAUGAAUUAAGUUUAAAAGUGGAUAAAUUCUGUAAUAAAUUUGGUCCUGGAUUAUUUGAAGAUUAUGAUGAAUUUUAUCGCGAAUACAAUGUCAUUGAUGAGACUGAUUAUAAAGAACAAUCUCCAUUUAUUCAAGGUGAAGAUCGUGGUAGUAGUGAUGAAAAGAGUUUGAAUAGAACUAGUUCAAUGGAAUCAUUUAAUAUUCAUAAUUUAUCCGACGUUCCGAUCUUUUCAAAUAUACCCGAUAGUGGAUCGAUAUCAGCGAAGCCAUCUUAUGUGAAUUUAACUUCUAUUGGUAACGGAGGUGAUAGCAAUAAUACUAGUGGUAACAAUAGUAGUAUUCAUCUUCAUCCUAACUACAAUAAUAAUAAUAAUGAUGAUGUGAGCAAGAAAUUGAGAGAUAAAUUGAAAAGUAAAUUUAAGAUUCAAUAA